GAUACUCCAAACACCCACCUGCCCCGGCUCUGUCACGUCUCCCGUUAACCAGCCGGUUCACCGCUAUAUCCGACGGAAAUAGUCGCAGCGUUCAAAACUAUAGGGCGGGGCUUGCUCCGAUUCACUUUCCAAUCAGAAUAACGAUAGGGGUAACCACGGCAACGAUUGGGACAGGCGGAGACUGGAGUCACACGGGUUCCACUAUUCGGCGGCCAACAUGGGGGUGUGUGGCUCUGGCCUGUUUCCAUAGUAACGACGCAACUGCACACUGGUCGUGGUCUAGGGGCCUUGCGGAAGAGCACCGCGGCGAUAUUCCGGGAGCAUGGCAUUCGCGGCACCGAAGAACGCCGAUGGAGCAAAACUGCAAACCAAAAUGAGCACCUGGACCCCCCUAAACCACCAGCUCAUGAACGACAAGGUGUUUGACGAGAGGAGGGCGCUGCUCGGAAAAUGGUUUGACAAGUGGUCGGAUGUCCAGAGGCGGCGAAUCCUGUGCGAGCUCCUCGAAAGAUGUACGGUGUCGCAGCUGAAGUUCUGCAGCCAUCACCUGCAAGGAAAAGCCCCGAGGGAGGCCGCGGAUUUCACCGCCGUGCUGCCGAGAGUCCUGUCUCUGUACAUAUUUUCUUUCCUGGACCCCCGGAGCCUCUGCCGCUGUGCACAGGUGAGCUGGCACUGGAAGAGUCUAACGGAACUGGAUCAGCUUUGGAUGCCCAAGUGCCUGCGUUUCGGGUGGUACAUCAACUUUUCCCCCACCCCGUUUGAACAAAGCAUUUGGAAGAGGCAGUAUAUCGAGAUGGUUAAGGAACUUCAUGUCACCAGACCGAGGACUCCGCCGAAAGACGAUUUUGUGGUCAUUGACGUUCAGCCGAUAGCCAAAGAAUCAGUGGGUAUGAAGCUGUCCUCUCCCUCCGCUCAGCAGCCCGCGGCUGGCAAAUCACAGAGCAAAGGCAGAAAGGAUCUCCCGCCGUGGCGAUCGUCCGACAAACACCCGACCGACACCAUAAGAUUCAACUACCUCGAUAACUACGACCCCGCGGAGCAGUCUCGGCAGGCGCGAAAGCCAAGCGUCCGGACGCCGCGUCCCAAUCAGCCGGGGUCGGAGAAAAAGAAGAGACCUUCAUCGGCUUCUUACAAGUUACGGAAAGCGAAGUCACUGAUGUCCCUGUCGGCCGAUUUCGGUAACAUCGCCAACUCUCCAUCCAGGCCCAGCUGGGCAGCUCACCAGUCUGCCGAGUACCCAGCGACCAAAGCUACAGCCAAGAGCUUGGCGCAGAGCACCCAGUGGAAUGCUGGGAUACGUCCUGCGCCCGUCCGAGCAGCGAUACCCAAAAUAUCUGAGAGGGGCAGGAAGGCAUGCGCGAGGACCUCCCGGAGCUCUCCAACCGUUUCUCUGUUUGAGAGCCAGCCGUGGGAAUUGCCGCCAUCGAACCAGGGAUCGGACGAGGAAUAGGAACAUGCGCGAGCGGCGCCUGCUGCUCCUGGU